AUGAAUGCUACAUGUCUGAAAGAUGAGAUAGAGGUGUUACUACGAAACUAUGGACGUUCUUGCUCGGAGAACUCUUAUUUAUCUCAGAAUUCUGUGUGCUCUGAUAGAAGUAAAUCUACUGACGUUUCUGAAUUCGAUCACAUUUUUUUUUUGAUGUUUAAAUAUUUUCUUGCAUCACUUGUAUCUUGAAUGUCCGAAAGCUUACUGACUGAAACAAUCUGCUCAAGUGUUUUUGCAGCCAUUUAUGCUAAGUAAUGUAUGAAUAACUUUUUUAUGACCAUGUCGUGUGGAUCUAUGGUUUUCAGCUGGUAACAUCCUUAGGGCUUUUUGAAUCUUUUCCACUUACCGUGAGUGGUGGUUGGUUUGUGGUCUCUGUUGUUUUUCUUCAAGAAGCUUGAUGGGUUCAAGAUAUCCAUCCCAUCAGCUCAGUAAUGGGCUUUUUGUUUCUGGCCACCCUGAGCAGCCAAAAGAAAGGACUCCAACAAUGAGCUCAACUGCCAUGCCUUACACUGGUGGGGAUACUAAGAAGUCCGGAGAACUGGGAAAAAUGUUUGAUAUUCCCAGUGAUGGCUCUAAACCUAGGAAAUCCGGUCCUCUUACUGGCGCGCCUUCAAGAACUGGAUCUUUUGGAGGCACUGGUUCACAAUCAGGGCCAAUGAUGCCUAAUGCUGCUCCUCGUGCUGGCUAUACAUCUGGUUCUUUAUCAAGUGGAGGCUUGCCAACUGCCUCAUUGAAGAAGUCAAAUUCUGGGCCACUGAAUAAACAUGGGGAGCCCAUAAAGAAGUCAUCUGGCCCUCAAUCUGGUGGAGUGAGUCGGCAAAACUCUGGCAAUAUGCUACGUGUUUUAGCAGAAACUGGUCUCUUUACGUCUGGGCCUAUCACAUCAGGGCCCUUGAAUUCAUCUGGAGCACCUAGGAAGAUAUCUGGUUCUUUUGAUUCAACCACGUCAUUCAAAAUUAAGGGGCCAUCUAUUGCUCAAAAUGCAGCUGUGACUACUAUUAGUCAAGAUGAUGACUACUCUUUCUGGAGUAACUUCCCAAAGCCAGUAUUCUGGUUCAUUAUUCUGAUAUUUGUGAUGGGGUUUGUUGCUAGUGGUUUUAUUAUUGUAGCUGUCCACAACGCCAUCCUCCUCAUUGUAGUUGUGCUUCUUUUUGGCGCAGUUGCUUCAACAUUCAUAUGGAAUGCAUGUUGGGGGGAAAGGGCUAUAAUAAAUUUUAUUGCUCAUUAUUCUGAUGUUGAUCUCAGAAUGGCAAAAACUGGACAAUAUGUGAAGGUCUCUGGGGUGGUCACGUGUGGUAACGUUCCCCUUGAAUCAUCCUUCCAAAGAGUUCCUAGAUGUGUCUAUACUUCUACCAGGUUGUUCGAGUAUCGAGGAUGGGGUUCAAAAGCUGCCAGUCCUGCACAUCGUCGUUUUACAUGGGGGUUGAGAUCAUCAGAGAGGCAUGUUGUCGACUUCUACAUUUCAGAUUUCCAAUCUGGAUUAAGAGCAUUGAUUAAGUCUGGCAAUGGCGCAACAGUUGCUCCUUUUGUAGAUGACUCCUUUGUUGUUAAUAUCAAGCCAGAGAACAAAGAAUCAUCUCCUGAGUUCAUGAGGUGGUUGGGACAGAAAAAUCUUUCAAGUGAUGAUCGUGUAAUGAGGUUGAAAGAAGGGUACAUUAAGGAAGGCAGUACGGUUAGUGUGAUGGGAGUUGUUCAGAGAAAUGAAAAUGUGCUUAUGAUUGUUCCUCCACCCGAGCCUUUAGCAACUGGGUGGCAAUGGACCAGAUGUAUCUUUCCGACGAGGCUUGACGGAAUUGUGUUGAGAUGUGAAGAUACAUCAAAUGAUGAAGUUAUACCAGUGUAGUUAGUAACCGGAGAAUCCUCGCUUUUUCCUUUGUGGAAAUAUAUUUGUGAUAAGAGGCUAUGGUGGUUGGUUAUAAUAUCGCCAUUGAUUGGUAGUGUGUUUUUUGUUACAUUCUUUGUCUUAACUCAAUUUAUUGUAUAGUGUUUUUUUUUUAAUAUAGGGGAAGGGGAUGACUCGAACUCGAGACAUAAUUU